GACUAUAUUUGGGCAAAGACAGACAGCAGACAGAGAGCUGCUCUCACUUCCGUGUUUGUGUGAUCAGGGAGUGUAACAGCUGAGGGAGUGCACAGCUUCACUGUUUCAUUCAUUUGAGAAGAGCAACUGACCAGCAGGGAAAAUGUCGCACGAACUGAAACAUGUAUUCGCCAGUCUCCCGCAGAUGGAGAGGGGAGUUGCAAAAGUGAUUGGUGGUGAUCCCAAAGGCAACAACUUCCUGUAUACCAAUGGGAAGUGUGUCAUCAUCAGGAACAUUGAAAACCCGGCUAUAGCAGACAUUUACACCGAACAUGCCCAUGCAGUAGGUGUUGCCAAGUAUUCCCCCAGUGGAUUCUACAUUGCAUCUGGAGAUGCAUCAGGAAAGAUCCGUAUCUGGGACACCACCCAGAAGGAGCACCUUCUCAAGUACGAGUACACCCCUAUUUCAGGCAAGAUCAAGGACAUCGCAUGGACCGAGGAUAGCAAGAGGAUUGCUGUUGUUGGGGAGGGACGAGAGAAGUAUGCAGCCGUGUUUCUGUGGGACUCCGGCUCCACGGUGGGGGAUCUUUCCGGCCACUCCAAACCGAUCAACAGCGUGGACAUAAGGCAGCAGCGCCCUUACCGCCUUGCCGUUGCAAGUGAUGACACCUGUGCGUCCUUCUUCAAGGGGCCUCCCUUCAAGUUCGAUUUCACCCUACGUGAGCACGACCAGUUUGUCAACUGUGUUCGUUUCUCUCCAGAUGGAAGUCGGUUUGUCACAGCUGGUGCUGAUAGCAAGAUGAAUGUCUACGAUGGAACGGAUGGUAAACUUAUUUGCUCACUGGGUGGAGAGAAGGCCCACAACGGAGGAAUCUAUGCUGUCAGCUGGAGCCCUGACAGCGCCCAGCUGAUCUCUGCCUCAGGGGACAAGACCGUGAAACUCUGGGAUGUAGCUGCAGGUACGGCCGUCACCACCUUCAACUUGGGCAGUGAAGUGUCAGACCAGCAGCUGGGCUGCCUGUGGCAGAAAGACCACCUCCUCUCCAUCUCCUUGUCAGGAUACAUCAACUACCUGGACAAGAACAGCCCUGACCGGCCCAUACGCGUCAUCAAGGGUCACACCAAAUCCAUCCAGUGUUUGACAGUUCAAAAAAAGAACGGUCGACCAUACAUCUACUCGGGGAGUGCCGAUGGACACAUCAAUUACUGGGAUGCAGAAACUGGAGAGAAUGACUGCUUCAGUGGGAAGGGCCACAGCAACCAGGUGAGCAAGAUAGUGACUGUCGAGGAUGACCAGCUGGUGACGUGCAGCAUGGAUGAUACACUGCGCUACACCAACCUUACCAAGGCCGAGUACAGUGCCUCUGAUGUGGUGAAGAUGCAAGUCCAGCCUAAAAGUGUGUCUGCAGCAGCAGGAGGGCUGUCACUGGCUGUGUGCAUUGGCCAGGUCGUCUUGCUGAAGGAUAAGAAGGUAGUCUGCACAUUGAGCGAUCUCGACUACGAGCCAGAGGUUGGAUCUAUUCACCCCGGGGGAACCACUGCUGCAGUCGGGGGAGCAGAUGGGAAAAUCCGUCUGUACUCCAUUCAGGGCAGCACUCUGAAGGAUGAGGGUAAAACUGUCGAGGCUACAGGGGGGAUCACAGACAUGGCGUACUCUAACAACGGAGCCUAUCUUGCAGCUGUAGAUGACAAGAAAGUUACCACAGUUUAUACUGUGGCCGACGGAUACUCGUUCCAACAGUAUUACGGACACCACGCCAAACCAGUGGUUUUGGCCUGGUCACCUGACAAUGAGCACUUUGCGACUGGUGGGAUGGACAUGAUGGUGUUCAUCUGGACAGUUGGCGAUACAGACAACAAGAUUAAGAUCCCAGACACUCACCGGUUGCACCACGCAAGCGGCCUGGCCUGGGUAGAUGAGCACACUCUAGUCACCACCUCCCACGACGCCAGCAUCAAGCAGUGGACUAUUAAAUACUGAGCUGCAAGCAGACAAACAUCCACAUCUCCAGGGACAAGGACUACUGUCGGAUUCAAUCUUUCCUUUUUCUUUUUUUUACUGUAUUUUCACUAUCUAUACGGUGUUCUAUGCUGUCUGUAAACAUCUGAAUUGUAAAUGGUAAUGGCUGGGGAAAGCUCCCAUAAAAAUGAUUUAAGAUAUACGUCUCUUUGAUGUGAAUAACCUCAACUCAACAUGGAGACAAGUUGAAAUAUACGAUGUAACCAUGAGUGCUUUUACAUCUCUUUGAGCUUUAUGGGCCCACAAUAAUAUUUGUAAGCUCAACAUUCCAUAGGUGAUAGCUUUCACUCAAGUUAUAACUGAAAUCCUUGUCUGUGGUUGGGCUCAAUGCAUCCUAACUUAACGGAAGAACUAAAAGCGUUUUAAUUCAACGAAAUCAUGUUUGAAAGAAAUUAAACCUUUUGGUUACAUUCCUGUAAUGAGAAGUAACUGAUCCUAACUACUGUUGCCUGUCACUUUUUAAUCUCCAAGGUGUUAAAGGGCUGGGUGUUUUUUUUGCUUUGUCUUGGGUUUCAUACUUUUUUUCUUUUAUGUUUCUCUCAACUCUUCCUGUUGGACUGGGGAGCAAUAAUAGGAACUAAAAGUAUGUAAACAAUCAAGAUGCUGUCUGUUCAGUUGAAAGUCCUGUGUUGUUGCUGUGUUUUUGUUUGGGCCCACUAUGCUUGUCACACUUAUUUUUUUUCCCCUCAUGUCUUUAUGCAUCCGCUUCCAAGGUGGAAGUGAUUCAAUAAUAAUAAUAAUAAUAAAAAAACACUUUUUAUGCA